GUCAGAAGCUGCUGUAGUCAGUCCUUGGCUUAAAUCCCUGUCUGUGUUAGAUGCUGAUUUGAAGAACCUCACACAGCCUUCUCGUUCUGUUCUUUUUCAUAGCAUUUUGUUAUCUCUGAGAAGCCUUCUAAUAAUAGAAUGAUAGAGCAGCUCCACUCUACUCUACUCUACCACCAAGCAGAAUAGACAAAGAAUCAGGGAGAAUCAGUGUUAGAGAUUCUGCUGCAGCAAUGAGUCAUGACAAAGUGUAGUGUGCAGCUAGGUUACAGAUAUUAGAAUAGAUAGGUGGACCUCUCUUUGUGUCAUUUCACUUCACACAGUUGCACAUGCCCUCAUUCUCUUGUCUUGCAGAGACUGAAUUUGCAAAAAUCACAGCUGCAUUGCUGAAAUCUAAAACAGGAGAGUUUGAUUUGGAAUCAGUCUUGUACUUGAAGCUCAGAUGUCUUGGCAUAUAUGAUCUGGGUUGUAUAGGAGAAUGCAUAAACUUGGAAAGACUGGACCUGUCAGGAAAUUAUAUCACAUCCUUAAAGCCUCUGGCUUCUCUGAAACUUCUCAUAGUGCUUAAUUUGUCUGCAAACAGGAUCACAAACUUCGAACCCAUUUGCCUUUGUGACAAUCUUCAGAGUCUAAAUGUAGCCGGCAACCUCAUUAGCAGUUUUGAAAAUCUCCAGUGUCUUCAGUCUUUAAGAAAACUGGAGAGCUUUCGGCUUAAGGACAUUUCCUGUAACUACACCAAUCCAGUUUGCAAGAACACAUCUUAUAGAAAUAUAAUCCUAGAAAUGUUUCCAAACAUCAAAGUGUUAGACGGUGAAAGGUUGGCUGGCCGAGGCAGUGACUUAUAUCAGUUGUGCAGAGACAUUGAUGACUCCUUAAAAGGGAUUUAUAAAAAUGGUCCGUUACCAGAGGUACUUGAUUGUAAACCUUGGGUUGAAGAAGGCUAUUGGGAUCUUAAACGAUCAAACAAUGCAAUCAUCGAAGAAGCCUAUAAACAAUUUAAUGAUAUCCUACAUGAAUGCAGACUGCUGAGCAACAGAGCAGCUCAUCUCAUAUCUCAAACUGAAAGAGCACUGAGCAUUAACAGUCAACCAAAGCAGUAUGUCCUGUGAAAUGGCAAAUUAAGCAGCAUUUAAUUUCACUGAAUUAAUUGCUUUCAGUUUCUGUGGGGAGUUGUUAUAGAUCAGAGCAUAUAGUGUUAAGAAAGUUUCUUUAUUCAAAUCCGUUCGUUUAACUCAGUUUUAGUGCAAGUAUCCUUUGAUUGCUGUAUGGCAAGGAUACCUUGCAUUCAUUUGUUUUUCUGUAUAGUAUACUGCACAUCUGUCCUGGUAACAGAUUUAAAGGAAAUUCAGAAUGAUUGGAUAUCUGAAGACAUUCAAAUCUUCAGACAUCAGUGGUCAGCUGCUCACCUGUGAAAAAGCAUGAUGUCAUACUGUCGUUGUUGCUAAAACCUGAGUUCUAUUUAGAAAUAUAAUGGCUGGGGUUAAUGGCAUAGUAGUCAACACUUUAAAGUAAUAUGCAAUUUUAUUUUUCUUGGCACUUUAAGUAUAAAAACGAAGUGUGUAUUUAGAACACGCACACUGCCCUGUUUUAUAUUGCUCUUUCCCCUAUGGUUUUUGUGCUUUAACAGUGAGUUACAUAUCAAGUGCUUUUUAUAUAUGCGUGAGUGUCUUAGGAAGUGUGCCUGCACUUUUUUAAAAUAAUUGUUUUUUAAAUAAAACCAUUACUCACAUCAACAUCCA